AUGAUGCCCGGACGCGGCAAGAGCAAGGCUGGCAACUUGAAACCAACGACCGCCACGUUCAAGCAUGGUCUUCCAACUCCGACAACCGCAAGGUUUCCUGCCCAAGACACCCUCCAGGGCCCUGCCCGACGCACACCCGACCCCGACUGGGAUACGCCUCCUCCCGGGACACCCCUUACGGCCGCUCCAUGGAUUCCGCAUCCCACCGAUCCGUCGUCCUGCCCCCAGACCCUCGAGACGAGGAAGAGGAAGCGUGAGCAAAGCCGGCAGAAGGCCGAGCGGCAAAAGAAGGCGAGAGAGGCCCAACGGGUGGCAAAGGCCGCCAGGGACGCUCAAAAGGCGGAGCGAGUGAUCGAAAGAGCGAAACAGGCGGCUCAGAGGAAGGAGAAAAAGGCCAAAAGUGCCAGGCAAGUGCCUCGGGGAAGGCGGCAGAAUGUGACGCAACAGGAACGACGACAACGCACGGAACUGCUCAAGUUUCCCGCAGAAGUCCGCCUCCGCAUUUUUCGCCAUCUGCUCGUCGCCGACAAGGAUAUCCUCGUCCAUGCCGGCUGGGCUCUCGUGUACAAGAGACAGGCAAUCGGCUUGUCCACGGCCAUCAUGGGAACCUGCCGCAUCGUCCACGGCGAAGCCAGCUCCGUCCUGUACGGCGACAACGUGUUCCGGUACCGCCUUCGAGACGCCUCGUCACCUGUGUCGGACCUGCCGAGCCACGGCCGGCGUCAUGCUCGAGGCGACGACAGGGAGAGCGAUUCCGAUUGGGAAGAGGACAAUACGGUCGGCGUCGCGGCUUCGAGAAGCCGAACGCAAAGCGACAUAUCCGUCGUGAAGCACCUACCACUCUUCCGUCGUCUCGCCGUCGAGGCCGAGGACAACCGCUAUUCCGAGUCGACAAAGGAUGCCAUGGCGCGCGCCAUCCGUGUCUUCGCCGCCAACGGGGAUGGUCAGCGCCCUCGAGUCAAUGUUCGUUCCUUCACCAUCCGCGUCGCGCCCUUGUGGAAUCCUGAGGUCAGGCCGAAGGGUGCCUUUACCUUUAUCGACUUCUUCGAGUCGAACUCGCCCGUCAUGAAGGCCAUCCUCGCCGUCCGGUGCCGAUACUUCAGGGUCGACCUGAUGACGCAGUACAUGGAUGGGCCGUCGCCAAAGUCGGGAUGCAGCCUGACCAUCGAUCGCAGCCACGAGAUGAUUCGCACGCAGGUGAGAGAGACGAAACGGGAUUUUUGGGCCCGCGAACUGCUGAUGAGAGAGACACGGGAGUCUGCGGCGAACAGGUCCGUCGAGGCCUUGGACAACCUCGGCCGGGAAGUGGCCAAGUUUUGCGUCGAGUACGUGCAGGGCGUCACGGGUGGAACAGGCGCUUGGAACUCGUUUGAGAUUGAUCAUCUUGUUGCGAGCGAAAUGGAGACCGAGGAAGAUUGA